CCAAAGUCGAGCGGAAUCAAAUGAAUCGAUAAAACAAUAGCUGUCAAAUUGGCUAAAAUAAGGCCCCGUAUUUUCUUAUAAGAAUAAAAAAAAGUAUUAAACAAAACAAAGUCGGAAUUACUUCCAAAUUAAUUUUAGGAUGUUAUUAAUUAAUUGGACUCCAACGUUAUUUGAUUAAUCAUCACAAAGGUGAUAUUUGAUGGAACAAAAUGAACGAAUCAGACAAAUCCCAUUGCCGUCUUUGUGCCGAAAUAAAACCAAUAGAAAAGCUUAUCAACUUGGAAUCGGAUAUAACUAGGCGUCUUGAUAUUGUUAAGAAACUAAACCGAGUCAACACAAAUUCAAUGAUUAUAUUUCAAAGGGACGUUCUUCCCAAAACUGUGUGUUUAAUAUGUGUCAAUUCUCUAGAUAAAGCCUAUGAAUUUGUUGAAAAAGUUGAACACGCCCAACAGGUACUUAUUAAUACCUAUAAGAAUGUGAAAAAGGAAGAAUGUAUAUCAGAUGAUGACAAUACAGAGCUGCUGUCUCCGGACACUCCUAUUAAAGAAGAACCUGUGGUCCUUGUGGGUAAUUUAACUAAAGUUUCUGAGAAACCUGUUAAAAAGCGCAUACAAAAACCUCAACUUACAUGGAAAGAUUAUAUAUGGACUUGUGCAAAGUGUGGAAGCGAAUUUACAACCAUAGAAGAGUUUAAAACACACUCGAUGACAUACCAUGAAUGCUGCAAUGCAUUUAAAUGCACAGAUUGCAACACAAACAUUCUCCGACUAGAUAAAUUCUUACUCCAUGUGAAGCGGCAUAGGAAGUAUUUAAAACUAUCAUGCUACAUUUGCAAUACGAAAUUUUCAUCAGGUAAUAAAGUUACCUCACACAAAAAAGUCCAUUCAAUGUCCCAAAACAUAUGCUCUGGUUGCAACUCUGAAUUCCAAAAUGUAGAUGAUUUAAAUCAACAUAUAAAGUUAUACUAUAAAAAUCGAGCAGGUAGUACUAUAGCAGUCACGGACACAUCAGAUGGCCUGACAUGUGUGAUAUGUAAAAAGACAUUUAAAAAUAAAGGCAGCUUAAAUGGUCAUUUACUUGUUCACACACAGAAAAGUCCCAAGAAAAGAGCGCACAUAUGUGACCGCUGCGGUAAAGGGUUUUAUAACAAAAGUGACUUAGCAGCCCAUGUAGCAUCACAUGAAGAAGCCCGUCCAUUUCAAUGUGAAAUCUGUAAAGCCGACUUUAAAACCGUAAUUCGUUUAAAAGCUCAUAUCAAAGUCCAUAAUGAUUUUAAGCCGUACUCGUGUCUUCAAUGCUGUCGUCGUUUUCGACUCAGGAAACAACUAAAAUCCCAUGAAAUUAUACAUACAGAUUCCUUACCAUUUGUGUGUCCGUAUUGCAGCAAAGCAUUCCGUUUUAAAAGUAUUUUAGAUUUGCAUUUACGGCAACAUACAGGUGUAAAACCUUACUGUUGUGAGUUGUGUCAAAGGAAUUUCACAAAUUGGUCCAAUUACAAUAAGCAUAUGAAAAGGAGGCAUGGGACUAGCAUGGUCAAAAGAAAACCUAAUAUAAUAGUAGAAAGUACCCCAGUCACUGGUAUGGAUUAUGCACCUCUGCCAGAAAAAACGUUACAUUUUGUGUAAAAUGUUGUGAGAUAAUACUGUAGAUAGAGCACAGAUAAACUUUCAUUUGGCCUGCUCCUUAUAAUGUAAAAACCCUCUCAUGUUUAAAGUAGUAUUUUUAACACGAAUAUUAGAAGAUCAAUGAAUAGUUUAUUUUAUAUAUUUGAUGAAUCCCUGAAUGCAGUGUUGAUUGGGACUACUUAUUUAUUUUUAGUUGCAAGUGUCAUAAAAAUGUAAAAACAUUCCAAAAGUACAAAAUAUAUUAUAUACAAAUGUUAAUAUAGUUUUUAUUUACAAGCCAAUAAAGCUAAACACCUUGGG